AACAGACGACACAACUGACAGCUGGACACUGGACUUCUUCUGGACCUGGACCUGGUUCAGAGUCUUUGACCAGGACUGGACAGAACUGAACUGGAGUGUGUUCUCUGUAAGAUGACGAGAGGAGGAGUGUAUUUCUUUUAUCUAGAAACUGACCUGGAUCUCCGCACCGCUCUGGUUUCUGGUGUUUAAACUGUCCUCAGCUGAACCAGAUCCACUGCGACCAGAGUCGGACCAGAACUGAACGUCUGAACAAACAGGUUCGCUGCAGCCCGGUCCAGUCUCGUUAGAUCCAGUCCGGUGCGGUCAUGCAGUCCCUGACUGAGGAGAUCCAGAGUUUCUCUCGGACACGGCUGAGGAAGCAGUGCACCCGCGUGACAUCGCUGAGCGGCCGCCGCAUCAUCGAGACCUGGAAGGGCUCGACCAUCACUGUGGUUGAGGACCCCGCCCCCCCGGAGAAGAUGCUGGGAUACGUCCCUGACACUUCCUGGGACCUGCAGGUUGGAGCCGUCAAACCGUACCUGCUGCUGGGUUCGCAGGAUGCUGCACAUGACUUUGGAACUCUGAGAAAACACAAGGUGUCUCACAUCCUGAAUGUGGCCUUCGGCGUGGAGAACGUCUUUCCCGAUCUGUUCAUCUAUAAGACCGUCAGUAUUCUGGAUCUUCCCGACACUGAUCUGUUGCUUCACAUCCAGGAAUGCUGCGACUUCAUCCAGCAGGCUCGCUCGGAGAAAGGUGUGGUGUUGGUCCACUGUAACGCCGGCGUGUCCCGGGCACCGUCUGUCGUCGUCGGCUACCUGAUGUCAUGUGACGGCCAGUCCUUCGACGAAGCCCUCUCAUUGGUCAAAUCGGCUCGGCCUGCCUCCUCCCCCAACCCCGGCUUCCUGGAGCAGCUGAGGAGCUACAGAACCCCGACAGUGAAUGGGUCCAAACGCUAGAAGAGCCAACGUUCAUCACAGUACCACAGUUCAAAACACACCUACGUUCUUAAAAUACUUUUCAGUCCAAAGAUGUGAGGGUGCUUUUACAGUGUGCAUCUGCUGGGUCUGGUUCUGUGUUGGUGAAAUAAUCUGACGUGAAAAUAUGAGGUUGACGUGAAAAACCACUUUGACUGUCGAGUCGUCUCAACACAGGAAACCACAAACUGGACGUGGAAGAAGUCUUCCUCCCGUCUUUCUUCUUCUGUCUGUGCACAGAGUUUGGUUUUGACAUGUCCAGAUUUGUUUGUGUGUUUUCAUUUGUGUCUUCUCUGUCUUUUGGUUUAGUCUCGUUGUAGUUUCUGUGUUUUGUUCGAUUAGAUUCAUAUUUUUGUGGAGAAAGUUAAACUUCUGUUUAAAAUCUAUCCAGUGUUUCAGGUCA